GUGAUUCAUUUCAUUGUCUUUAAUGGCCUCUCCUAGAGAAGUAGCAGUUUUCACAGACACGAACUUGGGUACUCACUUAGCCAUGGCUGCCUCUCCAGACAUCACAGCUGGGGAUUUCAAGAGAGAACUGGGGAGAGUGCAUCUUAGUUGUUUCCCAGAACUGGGGGAGAUCAGAGUUCUUGGAUUAAUGAUUAAGCAAAAGUCAUACUUUUACCAUCUGCCUGAGUCCAUACCUUUAAGGCAUGCUUUCCAAGGUCACAAGGGAAUGUGGUUCCUGUAUGCGGAAGCAAGUACUGUGAAUGGUUCAACAAGUGUGGCCUUAUCUGAAGCUCUUCCACUAGAGCUUCAGCAAACUGAACCUCUUCCAAAGAAGAUGAAAGUGGUUGAGUUAAAAUGCCAAAAGCAUGAAAAUGAGAAGGGUUGCUUUGGUAGAAAUGAUGAAGUUCCAGGUGUCACUGCCAAUGAGGGAUCUAUUUUUUUGGCAUCUAAAAAUGAGGUUGAGUCCACUGCAAAGCAGAAUUCCAGUUCAAUGGUUGAGGCCUCAAAUGAUAGCUUGUCUGGAACCAGUAUCUACCGAAGGUACUUUUCAAACUGUAGUGAGGUCACUAAGGUGAAUGGAAAUGCCAGUUCUUUAGGUGCUGAUGUUUCCACCAAGGCUGUUCAGACUCAGCCAGAAGAGCAACAUAGAACCAAAAGAGAUGGAUAUUGCUCAAGCAUGCAGAUUGAUUCUUGUCCAGAUUUUUUGGUUAGAACACCCCCGAGGAAAUUGUUUUGUCCAUUGUCAGUUGACAGAAGUGCUGCAACUUCAAGCAAGCAUCUUCCAAGAAACAUAGUUGGGAAGCGUCUUCUAACAGCUUCAAAUAACAUCAGAAUUUCUGCAAACAGACGACUGCCUGCAAUUUCUUUCAGCAGAUUCCGAGAUGGGAAAAUUUUCCACAACGAUACAUCAUUUUUGGCAAAAUAUUCAGUGUUUGAUUUUGAGAUGAGAAAUGACAAUUACUGAGGAAAUCUAGGGUCCAAUGUUGAACAUGGAUGUCUAUGCAUGAAACACCAUGCAUGCUUCUAUGAAGUGCAAUUUUGAGCAACUGAUGGAUCACGUAUUGGAAUUUGCUCUAUUCUCAAAAGUGACCUAAUUACAGAGUUGCAAAGGCACUGUACGAUUGGCAACUUUUGGAUAUUUAUUUUAUUCAGUACUUCCACAAGCAAAUACUUGGUGUAAAGGUGACUUACCAUUACAUAGAGGCCGUUGAUCCUGAAAAUUACAAGAAUUUGAAGUGGUUGCCGGAGAAUAAUUUGAGUGACAUCCCUGACCUGACAUUUGGCAUGGAUACUGAUGAGUGAUGAAGAAAAGCACAUUCUUUGUGGAAAAACUGAGACCUCCCUGGACCUUCCUGAACGGCUUCAGGAACACUUGCUACUUGCAAUUCACAAAGCCAGUGAAGGGAUUGGCUAUGGCUGACUAAAGUUUCUUUAGGCAUAUCUUAUCACAGCCCCUGACAAUACCAUAUGAUCCAUUCUCCGAUUGACAUAGGGUGAUGGGUUUUGGCAGAUGGAGAUGUGAUGAUGAACGGAAAAUCUAUACUCCCCAGUCUCAAAAUAACGUUAUGGACACUCUAAACUAAGUGCAUAAGAAGCAUAUAUCUUCUUGCUAGAUGCUGCUGGAUUAUGAAUUGAUCACACUACUGCUUUUGAUGAAGAGUGUCCUCAAUGACACACAAAUUGGAAGCAUGAUUCCUCAUUUUUCUUUUUUCUUUUCCUUUUUGUGCCUUUUUGCCAUAUCAAGAGAUCCAGGGAGUGUGCAUAUAGAAUGAUUUAGUUGUUGCAUAUGGAUGGAUCCAGGGUGCAUGGCCAACAGCCCUUAAUUUCGAUUAGCGUAUGUCUUAAGACAGCUAUUCUUUAAUUAGUAAUAAGCUCGAGAUUGUUCU